AUGCACAACUCAGACGGAGACGAAGUUUGCAAAAUCCGUUUGCGAACGGAAGUGCAGGAGGACCGAUUGGACGCUUCAUCAUUGUUGAGAGUUCGCUCAUCGUCACCGAGUAAGCACUCGCUUACGUAUUCCUCGCCACAUACAUAUCUGAGUCCACUGUCUUCAAUUUGGGUUGAUCAACCCUCUGAGUCCUCUUCGCGACACCUACCUGUGGGUCCACAAAUUCCGUCAACAUUUUCCGCCCACACCGGUUUGAAUACAGCCGGAGCAGGAUCACAACAAACCGAGAAGAACCAAGGCUUACCCAUCAUACUCUCCUUUUUUUCCUUUCUUUUCCAUAAUCCCCCCCUCUGUCACAUCUGUUUAAAAGUGCCUGUCCACUCGUCACUUUUCUACUUCCCCUCCUUCUCUGAUAUUUUCUCUCUUCCUUUCCCUUCCCACUGGCAAAGAAUUCUCUUUCUUUCCCUCCUCCUUCUCCUUCUUUCUCUCUUUCUCUCUCUUUCUUUCUCUCCUCCCUCUUCUUCUGUCUCUCUCUUUCUUCUCUCUCUCUCUCACUCACUUCCUCUCUCAUAA